AUGUCAGACGAGUUGGGUAAAAUUUGCGACGACUUUCUCGAAGCAACUUCGAUACUAUCUCAUGAACACGGCAUUCCCAGGGUUCAGAAGCAAGAAGAUUUCACGUCAUGGAGUCGCAUACAUAAUUGGGAGAAACGGUACUACACUGCUUACCAGGAACUCACCCACAAACUCAACCGGCUAAUGUACUUGACCAAGUUGAAAGAGCUUGCCAAUGUUGACAACCCGUCUCAGGAAGUUGCAAAGAUCAAAGGGGAAAUGGAUAUUGAUGACUUGGAUGAGCUAUUGCAGUUUCUUCGACUACAAAACGACGUGAUCAAGACUGAUACCUUGCUAAAUCGGUUUUUGCUCAUGUCUUCCCCAGUGCUCAAGGCCAUUCAUCAUGCCAAUUUGAAUACCUCUGAGACGAAAAUCACAGAUCGUUUGGGCGUGUUGUACAAUGAGAAUGGUCUUGCAUUCAGAGUACAAGAACUUGAGAACAAGAAGCGUUGUGAAGAACGCCAAGAGGAGAACCCGUUUGACAUUAUCUACACCGAGAUAAAGCCCCUAAUGGAGAAGAUUGAGCAACUGGAACUACAGUUUAAAGAGCUCCAGAUAAAGUACGUUUCUCAAAAGAAAGCACAGGUGGAAGAAAAUGAGGGUGCGCGUAAACGGUACCAAGAACUUGUGGAACGCUGGCAUAAGCUAGAUCAACUAAGCCUACUUUUGAUCCUUUUGAUUACAAGCUUGCCUUACGUGUGGCUGAAUGAUGAACUGUUGAUGACCAUGAUGCUAGAAUUGAAUGGUAUAAGAAACAAGUUGAUGAAGUAUCAGUUGGUGGUUAAUAAAGACGACAUAAAAGACUUUUCAACACAAGAGCUAUUGACAUUAGAGUUUGAUUAA